ACAGGAUGUACACCACCUCCUGUCCCUCAGACUCUGAGUUCUGCCUGUUGUGUUCGUUUAUAACACCAGUAUGUGGCAGUAAUAACGCGCUGUACACUUCAUCCUGUCGUGAAAGAAGAAGGAGGAGAAAAUCCUCAUUCGCUGUCGGUUGGCGCGGAAGUUGCUCCUGGAUAGUCCUUGUACUGUCAAUUAUUUUUUUAAAAACUAUUUUUUCCCGUAACCUCGGCACCAUGCUCGUGGGGUGUGGCAUGACAGAGAUGGACAAGGUGGCUCUGAGGAAGAAUUCAGUGGUUCUUUGUAAAGAGCUGGUGGUGGACGAGUUACUCAUACAGUAUUUGCAGGCUGAAGACAUUCUCACUGAGGGCAUGGCGGAAACCGUCAUGGCAGAGACAACAUCCCAAAAGAGGAGCUGGCGUUUGCUGACGCUAUUGCCGAAACGUGGGCCCCGAGCUUUCAGCACCUUUUGCGCAGCUCUUAAAGAGACGGAGCAGGAGCACCUUUUUAACUUGCUUAUUAGGUUCAGAGACCAAGAGAACUCACCUACACAAAGUCAGAGCGAAAUCUCUUUCACUCAGAACAGCUCACCUGCUAAGAAAAGGAAAGACCAGGAGAGGUUUUCAGCCACUAAACUUCCACUUCCAACGGAGGAGUGUGCAGUACCUGCAAAAAGAGCUCGCACCCAGGAGUCUAUGGAGAUGUGCCUAGAUGCUGACAGUCCUCUGACCACCGCUGUGCUCCCCUGCACACAGGAAUUCUACCUGUCUCACUGUGCACAGGCGUACCCAAUGAGCUCAAGUCCACGUGGUCUUGCAUUGGUGCUGAGUAACGUGCACUUCGAGGCUGAGUUAUCAGACCUUGACACACGAAGGGGAGGAGAGGUAGAUGAAGAGGUUCUGAGGAGACUCUUUACUGAGCUGGACUUUACAGUCUGUCUGAAAAAAGAUCUCACGCUCCAGGCCAUGCGGGCCUGCAUAGAGCAGUUUGCCAGGCGGCCGGAGCACGCCGAGUCUGACUGCUGUGUUGUGUGUUUGCUGUCUCAUGGAGUGGAGGGGUCUGUUUUUGGCAUUGAUGGAAAGCUGCUUGAGCUGGAAUGGGUGUUUGAGCAGUUUGAUAACGCUCAUUGCACCCUCCUUCAAAACAAGCCAAAACUGUUCUUCAUUCAGGCCUGUAGAGGAGAGGAGAUGGACUGUGGUGUGGACCAGUUGGAUGGUGAUGAUUCGAUGCAGUCUACAGACUGUGAGCAGAGGGAUGCAGGGAGAGAGGAGAACCACGACAGACAGAACAGAGCAAGUGAAGAGAGUGAAGCUGAGAGACUACGCGUGAAACUACCCCAGAGAUCCGACAUGAUCUGCGGUUUUGCUACACUCAAAGGUUUCAGCACUGCUGCAAUGAGAAACACAAAGAAAGGCUCGUGGUUUAUUCAGGAACUCAACACAGCUAUGAGACAGAAAGCUAGAGAUACACACUUAUCGGAUAUACUGGUCCAGGUGAAUAGCCAAAUAAAGGAGAGAGAAGGCCAUGCUCCAGGUUCAGCACACCAUCGCUGCAAAGAGAUGUCUGAAUUCACCAGUUCACUCUGCAAAGACCUCUACCUCUUUCCCAAGUACUGCCCAAAUAACUAGACACAUGAAUACAGAGCUGCUGUAUGCUGUAUCAUCUGUAUUCAUAGGAUAAUUUCAACCCUGCAAUAAUUAGGGUUUAAAAUGCAGCAAUAAAAUGGAAGUAGGCACAAGUCACAACAUACAACAAACUCACACAAACACACACACAGACCCUGCUCCUGUAAAUAGUUUUUGUCUUUUCUGGGCCAUAAGGUGUAAAUCAUAAAUGACACAAAUAAUUUGUAAAUAUCAGUAAUUUUAUAUAGUAUGAAGCUUAAGCCAAUAUGAAAUAUUGAAAUAACUUGCUAUAAAUUGUGUGUCCUUAUUUGGAUUUGCCUUCAUACAUGUGCAUUAAUCACAAUUUAAUUAACUAUGUGUAACCAUUUUUAACACUUUAAGAUCUAUUUUUGUUAGUUUUGUAGGAAAUUUAUGAACUCUACAGUUUUUAAAAUAUUUUUAAGCCUAUUUCAUUUACUUUUUUAUGUUUAUUAUUUUUUGCUUAAAUGCUUUUUGUGUCAGUUUUAGCCAAACCCAGUGCCACUCAGUGAUGAACACUUCCUCAGUACAUUCACUCCACUAAAAAACUUUUUGUGUUCGCAAUGAGUCAGUAAAUGUACUGAUCUGCAGUAUUCCACACCACAGCUCAUCACAGUCUCCAUUUAUACGUAUUGCACAGACCAAUAUUUUAUUGUAAAAACUGAGACUUGAUAAACAAACUCUGGAGGCAGCAAAAUGUCCACUGAUAUCUGCAUAGUCUUUGUGCAAUUGUAUUACCUUUUUAAUGUUUUAUUAAUCACUUCUCAUUCCUGGUAAAGUUUUCUCUGUCACCAGAGGGCAGUAGAGAUCUGUACACGAAACAGUACUUAGAUUGACACAUCGGUCACCUCUGACUUAAGACUGUAUUUCAGAAACAUUGAAGGCUUUAAUGGACCACUCUCCAUUCUCACUCUUGAAGGUCUUUUAGGAGUGUUUUAUGGUCAGUACAGUAAUCGACUCACUCUGCAGAUUUCGCUCGCUUAGUUUAGUGCAGUGAACAGUAAAGGAGAAAAGGUUUCCAAAGCCUGACAUAAUACAGCUUUAAUGCACACUUUAUUUUGCACACUUUCACAUUCCUAGUAAACCAAAUAUCAUAUCGCUGUCUGUCAUGUGUUUUCCAGCAGGAUUCAUGAUUCUGUAACGCAACUUAUUUUAGUUAGCAUUUGUGAUCUCACCCUAUAAUAUGAUCCACACGCAAGUUACUUUGGCAUGGCAACAGACCUUAUAUAGAGAAAGAUAAUAUUUUAGUGAUUGAAUUAACAUAAAUGCCAAGCAUACUUCUAAAUGGAACACUAAUAUACUAGACGGAAAUAUUUAAAGAGAGAAAUUAACUUCUACUUUUGAAUCAAACCAGGUUGUGUUGUAAAUGGCAAGAAAUGCUAUGGUUAUUGUGUUCUUUUUGUGCAGGAAACUUAAAAAGGAAUUAUUUUAAUGUUACACUCAAGUGUUACAACACAGAGGGAUGAAUUUUAGCAUUCGAGUUUGCGCAGUAUUGAUUUCUUGCAUCUGUAAAUGCGUCUCAUGAUUUAAUUCCAAUCUAGACCAAAUCGUAAUGUUUAUGUGUGUGUUGAUGAUCGACAAAAUAUUGAACUUUACUCUUCAGAAAAUUAAGCCCAUUCUGAGAGUAUUAAUGUAUAAACUGUAUGACAAAGUUCAGAGUUUUUCUCUCCCCCCCCCAUGCAGUUCUGCCUCUUUACUCACGUAAACACAGAAUAUGUUAUUGUUUUGUUCUGUGUUACAUUCUGUUUUUGCAUUGAUGAUUAGUAAGUUGACAGGGAAUCACAUAUAAUUCAAUGAAUGUCCUACUAUGACCAGCUCCACUAAAUGUUCUUAUAAGCUAUUUAAAAAAGGACAUGCAACAAUCAUUAUUUAUAUAUAUAUAUGUUUUCCUGUUCAUCUGGUUUCUAAAAUUAUUUUUAGCAAAAUUUUGUAAAAUUGAACCUAAAAAUCCAAUUUGUAGGGAAUUUUACAUUUAUAUUCACUGCCAUUAAUGUUGUCCAGGAUGGUGCUGUGCACGAUGUUCACAAUAAUUUGUAAUAUUUUUGUAAAAAACAAAACAAAAAAAAAACUGUCUUUAAAUAAAAUGACAUGGCUGUAAAAUAGAUUUGUACAGGCAUAAUGGCUUUAUUUUUGUUUGUCUGUCAUUAAUUUAUCUGUAAUUCCGCGGCCUUUAUUUAUGUUUGUUUGAGUAUGAUUGUGAUUGUGUAUGCAUGCUUGCCUGUCCAGGUGUGCUUUUGUUUUUUUUGCCUCUAUUGUGGUGUGUGCUUUGUGUGUGUGUUAUUCUGAAUGUUACUAGUUUUGUAAAUUGUUUGGUCGAUAGUACGAGUGCACUUCUGAUAUUCUGACCAUUAUCUCAGUAAAC